AUGGCUCGUUGGUCGUUUCAUUGGAUUCUGGCUUUUGUCUCGCUUCUAGUCUUCUCAACGCGUGUUUAUGCGAGUGAUGGUGAUGGUGAUCCGAUUUACAAGGCUUGUGGGGAGCAGUGCGAGAAAACUGGAUGUGUAGGGGAAAAAUGCUUCCAACACUGUAAAUUCUCAUCUGAUGGGAAGCCAGAGGGUGGCCCGUGGUAUCUACAAGAGCCACUCUACCUGCAGUGGAAACAAUGGGACUGUCGUAGUGACUGUCGAUACCACUGCAUGCUUGCCAGAGAGGAAGAAAGGGAGAAACUUGGUGGCAAGCCUGUCAAGUAUCAUGGGAAAUGGCCAUUUCACCGUGCUUACGGUUUUCAGGAACCUGUUUCUGUUGCCCUCUCUGCACUCAAUCUCGCCAUUCAGUUUCAUGGUUGGGUAUCCUUUUUCAUCCUAAUAUACUACAAGUUGCCGCUGACACCAACUAAGAAGACUUACUAUGAAUAUACUGGCUUGUGGAACAUCUAUGGAAUCCUAUCGAUGAACUCUGGGUUCUGGAGUGCUGUUUUCCACAGUCGAGACGUCGAGUUGACAGAGAAACUAGAUCUUUCAUCUGCUGUGGCAUUACUAGGGUUUUCCCUUAUCCUAGCAAUACUGCGAGCUUUCAACGUGAGAGAUGAGGCUUCCAGGGUCAUGAUUUCCGCUCCAGUGAUUGCAUUUGUUACUACACAUAUCUUAUAUCUGAACUUCUACAGCCUUGAUUAUGGUUUAAACAUGAAAGUCUGUGUAGCCAUGGGUGUAGCACAGCUUCUCAUUUGGGCAGUUUGGGCUGGUGUCUCUCACCACCCAUCUCGGUUUAAGUUGUGGGUGGCGGUUGUUGGAGGAGCCCUUGCCAUGCUCUUGGAAAUAUACGACUUCCCGCCCUACCAGGGAUUUGUGGAUGCUCAUGCUCUCUGGCAUGCCGCGACCAUCCCACUUACAUAUCUUUGGUGGAGCUUUGUGAAGGAUGAUGCUGAGUUCAGGACAUCAAGUCUUCUCAAGAAAGCUAAGUAG